AUGACCGACGUUUCUUCUGAAAACAGGAAAGUCGACGAGUUUUUGCAAACUUUGGACAAGCUUUCACAGGAGAGGUUGAUGGACGACCAGAAAAGACAGUGGCAGUUGGAGCGGGACAUCGAGGGUCUUAGUAACGAAAGUCCCAAGCGGCCCUCUUUGAGCUCCAGGGCUUCCUCGGCAGGACACGAUAUCAAGGAAUUGGUGUUCAACAGAACCUCCAGUGCACGUAACAAGUUCCAGGACAAGUGGAAAAACAGAGAAAAAUCGCUGGAGUAUGCCUCGGACGAAGAGUUCGAUGAGGACGGCUACCAGCUUCCUUACAGGCCCAGAACCAACAGAAGACAGUCUCGCAGGGCUGCUAAUAAGGACAUGGAGAUCGAGCUUCCUCGGAGAAACAGCUCCUUGACUCAUCUUUCUGACGAGGACAUGGACCUUGACUUUGGUCUCAAGAGGCCUGUAGCGAGAAAGACGUCAUCGUUGAAAUCGUGGGUUUCCAAGGAGUCUGAGGAAAGCAUUGAGAGUCCUAGGACACCCAAGGGGGAGCGUCCUGGCUUUAUGAAGUCGAUGAAGGGCUCUUUUUCAGACAUGCGUGGGUCCAUCUCAGAGAUGAAUGUGAAGGGUUCGCUUUCAGACAUGAAGGGAUCGUUUAGCGAGUUGAAGAAGAAGAAGUCCUUUUCGGAGAUGAAGGGCACGCUCAAGAAAAAGAGCUCUUUCACGGAAAUGAAGGGCUCCUUCACUGACAUGGAGCGCAGAAUCAGACGCAGAGGUGUCAGCGAAGAAGGCAGGGAGUCAGACGACUCCAGGGAGACCAAGGAGAAGAAGAUCAGCAAGAAGGAGGCCAGAAGACAGGCUCGUAUCUUGAACCUCGAGGACCGUACCAAUGUGUGGAGAGCGGAUGAGUCUGAAGAGGAGGAGGAGGUACCCAAAUGGAAGGCAAUGGCCAGAGCCCAGAGGCAAGACAACUCUUGGAUUGCCGAGGAGGACGAAGAGGACUCGGAAGAGUCGGAAGCUGAAAUGCCCACCAGGUCUGUCAGGGAGUAUCUUCACAGCCGUCAGAUGUCUGAGGACUCUGAAUUGGAGAUGCCCACAAGGGCAAGAAACGGAAGACUCAACCGGGUGAUUUCGGAGGACUCCGAGGUUGAAUUGCCUACUAGAGGCUCACGAAACGGACGUUUGAACCGCCAGAUCUCCCAGGACUCUUCUGAGGUGGAGUUGCCUACCAGAUUUUCCAGGAGUGCGCGUCAGAACCAGAUAUCUGAGGAAUCCGAGGAAUCUGAGGUGGAGUUGCCUUCAAGAACUUUCAAAGACACUCGCAAGAAACAGGCUGUAUGGACAGCUGACGACUCAGACGAAGAUCCCAUGUCAAAACCACCCAAGCCUGCUAAGCCAGCCAAGCCUGUGAAGCCUGUAAAGGCUUUCAAGCUAGAGGAAAAGGAAGAGCCCAAGGAAGCAAAGAAGCCUUGGUCGAAGCCAGAAGCACCCAGACCACGGGCAGUUUCUUCCACGUCAUCCUUUAGCAGUGCCACAUCUGCUCCCAAACCAAAACCAGCUUUCAGCAAACCUGAGCCUAAGACGUUCGCUAAACCAGAGCCAAAGGUAGAGAAGCCAGAGCCAAAGAGCUUUGCCAAACCGGAGAAGCCCGAAAAGCCAGCUGUCAAGAGCGUCCCUCCAAAACCAGCCAAACUUUCCUCCAAAGCAUACGAAGAGAAGGACUCGCAGGAGCUCAAGGACCGUAUACUGAAGCUUUCUCCUACAAAGGCAAGCGCCCCUGCCAAACCAGCUAAACUCUCCACCAAGGAGUACGAGGAGAAGGAUUCACAGGAGCUCAAGGACCAGCUUGAAAAGCUCGCUAACAAAAAGCAGCCGCCAGCAAAGCCAGCGAAGCUCUCUAAACCUGCCUUCAAAGACGGCGAGGUAGAGGCAAUUGGGGCCUUGCAUUCUCUUAAACCAGCCAAACCGGCUGCGUUGAAGACCGCCCCAAAGCCUGAGGCGUUGCAGAAAUUUUCAUCGAUGAAAGCAGAAAAGACCGCUCCCAAGAACUUCCAAGCCGAAUUAUCUGGUAUACUUCGCUCCAGCACCGAACCCUCGUUGCAGAAGGGUCCCACGAACGCCUCCUCUGUCUCAUUGACUGAAUCGAAACCUCCCACGACGACCCUCAAAAAAUCAUCGACCGAGCCUACACUGAGCCAGAUUUCGCAUAUCACCAAAUCUAGAUCCAAGGGCCCUAAGAGAAGGUUGCCCAAGUCCGCAUCGCUUACGAGCUCACUGACUUCCGAAAAGUCUGAAUCGGAAUCUGAUCCAGAGCCUAAGUCCAAACCUGAGCCCAAGCCUGAGCCUAUGGCAGCCGAGAAACCAAAGGGUAAGGUGCCUCCUGCUAAGCCUGCGAAGAAGCCGCCACCAAUCAAGGCCAAAAAGCCAGACAUUCUCGCCAAGCCACGUACCGUUAGCGGCGAACUAUUUAUCUAA